AUGCCGGCGACCGACUCUCCAGCCAUCAUCGUCGCCCGGUUCUUGAAAGCGAACAAUUACACCGAAUCUUACGCUGCGUUCAUCUCUGAGGCCGGCUUACCACCCGAUGCCGGAGUUAUCUCGAAGGGAGACUUGACGCUCGAGACGCUGUUGGAGGAGAAGAAGACGUUCGAUGUGAGCGUCAGGUUUGAAAAACUUGGUGUGCACGAUGGCGGCGAGAGGGGAUGGAAAGUGCCUGCGCCCGAGACGGCAGCCAUCGUUGAUGAUCUACCAAGCAGCUCCAACAUUCUUAGUGUAGCAGUGCACAGUGUCAGGAUGGCAUCUCAUCAAGAAUCAAUGGCGGUCAUGUUUGUUACCACGGCCGACAGGAGACUUCAUCUAUUGGACGCAAAGACAAGGACCAUCCAGACAUCGCUUGUUGGCCUUCAGGAUUCCCCGGUCUUGUCGGUAUGCGUGUUUCGACACGAACAUCUGCUCACGGCAUCCAUGUCUGGUCAACUGCUGGUUAGCGAUCUGGACGGGAGGCCAACCGAGAGGCGCCGCGAUCACUCAAAGUAUAUCGUGAGGAUCGCAAUGUACGAUGAAAGCGACGAACCUCUCCUUGCAACGGCAGGAUGGGACUGUAAGAUUGUCAUUUACAGACCAACUGUGUCUGACCGCGGUAUGGUUCUCGGUGAGCCAAUCGCAACGAUCACGCUUCAGACCAAGCCGGAGGCUAUAGCUCUCAUUCAGCAUCCGAUUGCGAGGUUGCCGAUCUUGCUGCUCAGCAGGACGGACUCAAGUUUCCUAUACUAUUACACCUGCGAGAGCGAGCCACGACUGCUCGGUAGACAGAAUUUAGCACCACAUAGCAAUGCCUGGGUUGCAUUUACGCCAUCUGCACUUGCGCUUUGUCCGACUGACCCAACUUUGUUAGCAGUGGGUACCUCAUCCGUACCGCACAUGAAGUUGCUACUCGUACGCCUCCUAGUACCGCCGUACGAUCAGCAGCCCUCAGACACGACCACGGCACCUCAAUCGCUCAGGACAUCGUUGCUGGAUGACAGCCCAGCGACUGAUACUCAAGCCUCGCAAGCCCGGGCCGCACUGGUCAUCGCUGAUCGCGAGGCAGCUGCUAUCCAGAUACACUGCACUACCAUGGCGCCACAAACCGCUUACUCUACACCAGCCGUGGCUUGGAGACCGGAUGGUAGCGGAGUAUGGGUGAACGGUGAUGAUGGCGCAGUGCGUGGGAUCGAGGCAAGUACGGGUAAGGUAAUAUCCACGUUGAAGGGGCAUGAAGCAGGAAGUAAAGUGCGAUGUUUGUGGGCAGGCAGCGUGAACGUAGAGGAGGUCAUGCUGAGCGGCGGCUUUGAUCAGAAGCUCGUCGCGUGGACUUCGCCGCGGGCCUGAAAGGCGUAGUUCUUGGUCCUAGUACUAGGUCCCGGAGGCGGUGAGUUCGGUAAAAGGCAUUGGCAUGGCAGUUAGCGAUGCACUUCCGCCGAGACUCGACGGUGACUGCCCUGUCGAGUGCGGAACGCAUCAAUAGUCUUGAAUAAGCGAGCCGGAGCCGCGUGACCACAUGCCCUAUGGUUGUGUCAGCAGUACGCGAAAUCCACUAAAGUCUAGUUUUGCGU